AUGUGGUUAUUAUGGGACGAAUAUGAAACAUUAUGCCGUAAUGAAGGGUUAAUAGAUGGUCUUAUUAUCAAUAAUAAUAAUACUACACACAACAAUGUGCUGCUAUCCAAACAACAGCAACAACAUGAUGGUGAUAAUGAUGAGCAGAAGCAGAGGGCUAGUAAGACAGAAGUGUAUGUACCAUUAGAUGAUCCUGAUAAGGAGGCUAAAAGAAAGAAACGAAGAGAAUAUCGUGCUAGGAAAAAAUUAAAACAACAGGCAGGAUUAUGGAAAGCUAGAGUUAAAGAUGAGAAUAAUCCUAAUAUAUAUAUUAGUGGUUUACCUAAUGAUAUUACAUUGGAGGAACU